GCUGGGGCGGGGUUGAUUUUACAAAUGCUGAUGAAUGAAUGAAUGAAUGAAUGACACAUAGCCAGGAGGAGGAGCCUAGAACAAAUAAAGACGCUAAGAACAGGAAAUUAGGACCGAAUCCUUUCGUGCGAGGUCUGAAAUUGCUGGGAGGAAAAAUGUCCUGUUGGUUCAGAAAAGAGACACUGGCAGUGGCAGAAGAUUACAUUGACUUCUGCUUGGGGAUCCAACGGACACCUCCCAGCGAACAGGCCAGGGCCAUGAGACACCUGGCGAAGAAAAUGGAGCGGCAGUAUCAGCUGAAAUUCCGGGCACUCUCCAAGACAUUCCUGAGCACCUGUGGGCCUGACUGCAGUGCUGGUUUAAAGAAGGUGAUAGGAGAGAUGGUGGAAGAUGGAAAAUUCAACUGGGGAAGAGUGGUGUCUCUGUUUGCCUUUACUGGGGUGCUGGUGAGUGACCUCUACUCCGGAGGUGAGAGCAGAGACUGCUGCAGGAGGCUAGCAGAGACCAUAGCUGACUACCUUGGAGGGGAAAAACAAGCAUGGCUGCAGGAAAAUGAUGGCUGGGAGGGGUUCAGAAAGUUUUCCCACUGUGCUGCAGAGCUGAACCAGGAAUCCUCAAUGAAGACAGCGCUGUUUGCAGCUGCUAGUGUGGGCAUUGCAGGACUAACUUUUCUGCUUGUACGCUAGGUCAGUUUUUCCCUUCUUCAAGGCAAUGCUUGGUCACUGCCAUGAGACUGUUCCAAAAAAGGUUUGGUCAGUAACACCAAUGUUAAUGGAAACACAAUUUUAAAGUGUAAGAGAAAAAACAAUAAUAUAUUAUUUACAUUAAAUAAAAAUGUAAACAAGCCAAUUCUUGUGUUUUUGGGUUACAGAAUUCAUUGCAUCAUGUUUUUUCCACUGGUUUGAUCUUUCUCACUCAAUUUAGCUUUUCUGUGCGUUUUUCUGUUGAAGGUGCUAGCUUAAAUUAAAAAUCAAACAUUUGUGUUCAACUGCUCAAGUCUAUCAUAACCACUGAAGUUGUAAAAAUGUUUAUUUUUCUCUAUGAAGCAGUUUAUUAAGCAAUUUCUGAAAUACGUUUUGCUAUUUAUUUAUUAAACCUUUAAUAAAAAAACUAACUACUAUAAAGAGUGUAUGAUUUUUCUGAAACUGGGUGCAGACAACAGAAAAGAUAUUAGCCUCUUAAAUUUUGUAGAACCCUUUUGGUUGAGUGAAUAUCUGAAGUCAUAGUUGCAUCAUUAAAGCUACAUUGAUCUUUAUCGCUGUGAUGUCAGAAGCACAUUGGACUACAUGUGUUGUACUUAUGUGUUGGCAUGUAGGUCUUACCAAGUGAUUUGGGAUUUUUGACCAUAAAGCUUCCUACUAAAUAUUCUUUGGACUUUGAGUUCACAGAGACUCUGACAAAAUGCUAUUUUUAUGUCUGAUGUUAUAUUGCAGCUCUCUGGUGCCAUAAUAAUUUUACUGGAAGUAUCACUGCAGAGGAUAUUUUGCUGGGAAGGAGUUUUUUCUGCCCCAGAUUGAGAUUAAGGUGGUGGAUGGGCAGGCGGAUGGGAAUGCUUACUGUCCAACCAUGGUUGCUAGACUGAAAGGAAACUGCAUGAAACUAUCAGAGUGGUCCUAACUUGUCAAUUAGGCCUAUUUUCUAGCUUUGCUGGUGGCUGUAAGUUCCAUGAGAUGUAGCAUUACAACAAGCCUAGAUCCAAUAAACAUUUGUCCUUAACUUG